GUCUCAAAGUGCCAUGAUCGAAUUGCCGCCUCCCCUGUCGUUUAUGUUGUUCGAAGAGGCAGUUUUUUCUGUAUUUUCUGCUUCCGCCUUUAUGCAGCCCUGAAAACGCAUUCUAGCAUCAUCACCAACCACAACUGUACGCUGACAAAAGAUCAGGGUCAGGCAUGAAACGACGAAUAGUAUCGAGGGCAGGACAGAAGCUAUUAAAAAUUGCUUUGUUGUCGUAGCUAAAUCGAAGCGUGCCACUACUACAGCGGGAUUAUCGACGGAAUAAAAACAGGGAAAGCGAGCCCUGGCGAAAUGAUCAGUUCCAUCCUUUCCGUACAUCUUCAGGAAAUCUCGGCAUUCGUCCCUUAGGGUAUUAACACAACCUUCGAGAUUUAUAAGUAAUUUGCUAUCGUUCGCAAUAAGUAGGUCAGGUUCUGGAGGUGCAGCUAUAGCCUUUUCAUCCAACACCACCGUAUUAAAAAUGCUAAGAUAACUGAUGUAGGUGAAAUUGGUAACAUUCGGUAACAUGCUGUUGGAUAAUAAUGAUCCAUUUACACAAUCUACUGCUUCUAACCCCUUGGUGCUGUUUAAAAUCGUGUAACAGGAUGCCAUCAUAAUAUUUUCUUGCGAUUCGUUCCAUACUUCUUGGCCCGUAUCAGUAUCGAUGCAACGCUGACACUGCGAUAAAUAUACUUCGUCUCCACUUAACACUAUUACAUUUUUGUUUCUAGUUACAAUAUCCGCACCUCCACAAUGACGAUCGCAAUUAUACGGUGUGCGAAUUCUUUCACAAGUUCCUCUAUUACAACUGUACAAACCGUUUAAGUCGAUACAUGUGAUUUUUCCUCUUCUACCAGAGCAUUUUAAAGGCGGAUCUGUGUAUUUGUAGAUACAUUCAAAAGAAUCGGUAAGAUCCAGACACAUUCCCAUUGAGCAGUUGAAGGUUCCGGUGAGGUUCUUACAUUCGUCUGCAAUGCAUCUGCUUUUCUUGGCAUUCUCUUGAUCUUUACCGUAACAAAUUUUUUGCGCUAUACUCGUGCAAUUCACUAAAAGCAAGUUGGAGCCAUUCCGUCUAAGAUUAACGUAAAUUUGCAUACAUGAACCGGAUGUUUUGCUUAGACACCAUUCACCACAAGAACCCCAAUCGCAAGAUUCCGCUUGAACUGCCCGAGUUGUUGUACACAUCACUGGUGUUUCGGAUAUACCUGAUUGCAUUGCCCGAGUGGAAGGUACAUAAAUCGCAACUGUUAAAUAAACUAUUGCUACACUACUGAGAAUUAGAGUUAACUGACAAAGGCAUAUCGUUCCGCAAAUUUUCGUGUUUUGCGGGGGAAUAAUAAGGUCUUCAACGGGAGUCGGCUUCUUUUUGGGCAUUUUGAAACUCUACUUCGCAUACUGAUGUCAGCAAAAAAUUGGGAUGAUUACCGCCGCCAUUCAAGUGUAGUGUAUCUUGGGGAACUGAAUGUGGCGGUGGUUGGUUGUUGGUGGAUGUUUCGGAAACGCGCACGCCUCUUGAUCAAUAUUCUACUGCGGCGAGGCUAAUAAUAGCACGCGCACUGCCUGCCCGAGAUAUAUUUAUUAUCACAACUAAAUUCAAUAAUGCAAACAAACAGUAAUUAAUAACAAACAUUAUAAAUUAAACGUAUCGUAUCGAAAUACUUAUACGCAAUUGUGCGAAAUACUUACAUUUGUGUUUAUCGUCAAUAGAGAGGGAUGAAACCGGCGGAGCAAGGGUAGCAAGUGGCUCCUCUCAUGGAAAACGGUGUGACAGUGUUAUUCCAGUCAUCUGACGGAAUCGGCGCCAAAAUCGAUACCUACCAUAAGAACGGACUGCAGUGCUCACAACACAAUGCCCGCCGUCGACGGCACACUUUACACGAAAUUCGUUCCAACUGUGCGAAGUUAUUUCUAAACCGUAACGACUGUGAUUCAUAAUUAUUAAAGUGUUUCCUUAAAAGCAAUUUUAAAAAUAUUUAAAUGUUAUUUUCUUUUUUCCGUAAAGAUGUAAAUGUUCGAAUUUUGGUGUAUUAGAAGUAAAGAUAUGUGUUGGUUGAGAAAAUGGACACAAAGAUUGCAUUAUUACAGAAAGUUAUAGCCAAGCGGUCGUGGAUCUAUGGUGUGAGCUAGCCAGAGCCGCUCGCUCUCGUCUGUGGACGCAGAUGUUGGGGUCCAAGCUCCAAAUAGCCCUUACAUUGCGACCAUGGAGACAGAAGAGAUUCAACAAACUUGGAGACAAAAAUUACUAUUUUAUACAACAGCUUUCUUCGUGCUGCUUGGUAUUUUUAGCUUAUUUUCAUUUUUAUUCCUUGUGCCUUUUGUCAUCGACCCGGCGUUUACAACGAUUUUCAUGGAGUUCGACGAAGAACCCGCUUACUGUGUGACCUUAAGAACCGAUAGACGCAUAGGUGCAUCAAAUUGUAGUUGGACGUCUUGUAGAGAAGGUUGCACUAAAGAUAUUUAUACAUGCACACAAAUUUUUGUAAAUUAUAAAGCAGCGAACCGUUCUAACAUAUCGGUCUCGUCAACCGAGCCAUCGCCAGCUCUUCUGUUGCGUGAGGAAAGAGGUUUUUUAGAAGACUACGACUACGAUGAAGAUGAAUCCGCUACUUUACCAGCCGACGACGAAGGAUGGACCUUCCAGGAAGCAAAACUUUUUCCCAACGUGAAGGGUUGUGGUUAUCCUCCUAUGCUCAACUGUUCAGUUUUUUUAAAAACCCACCAAGAGAUCGGAUCAAAUUUUUCUUGCUAUUAUAGUAAAGUAGAUCGCAGUUUGGUCAUAAGCCACCUGGACAUGUGGCAAGUUUAUAUGAACUUGGUGUACGCCAUGGCAAUACCGAUUCCUUCGUUUAUUAUAUCUGUAGUGUAUUUGGCUAUCGCCUAUUUUAAAAUUUAUAACGAAGACGAAGAGGAGGCCCCACUGAAGAAGAACGCCGAAGACAUAGACAUGGAGGGUGAAAGCGGGCCAGAUGGAACACCGAUCCCACCAGCCAGCGGAGGCCUAACACCGGCCAGUGAAGCAUUUAGAGAAGACCUAGCGAGUUUCGGUCACCACCUCAAAGUCGCUAUGGUGGACGACUUGAGUCGAGAUAGUCUGGUGGACGGAGUUAUUAAUUCAGUCUCAGUUGGAGGAAACAUAGGAAAGACAAUGACAACUAGCAUCUCGACCACAGGAGGUCCAGUAGCUGAAAUAUAAAAUUAAUGAGCCCCGAAGCCACAUCUUGAAUGUUCUCAAGCUUGUUUUUUAAAUUCUUUUCGUAAAGCUUAGGAUAAAUUCAAUAACAUGAAUACUAGGACUUGCGUUCCUCUCAAAUGAAACAGUCUAUUGAACAGAAUUUGGUGCAGACUUGACAAUCGGGAAUUGAGAGGAAUGUUAUUUCAUUCAAAUGGAAGUUUCGUGGAAGUUCUGAAUAUUUAGAAUGUACACCGACUAAUGCUUCUAAUUAUUAAUAUACUUAGCAAUAUUCAGCAAAAAUGAUGCAUUUUAAAGGGCCAUGUCUUUUAUUUAUAGAACAACUUCCGAGAUAUUCAAGAUUACUCAUAACUAUUGAGGUAGAAUAAAGAGAUGAUAUGACGUUACUAAAAGUGUCAUGUGUCAAACUAACUCGAGCUAGUCAGUUUGGUGGAAUAAACCCCAUUUUUUAAAAUAAUUGAGUUCAAAUAAAUCAAAGUGCGACUCUAAGUCGCCAUUUUUGAUUACAGUGUUUCAAUAUAGUCUAAUCAACAAGUUCAAAAGCGUGUUUUUGGGACAUACUAUUACGAAAAUUAUGUUCAAUAGCUCAUUCGAUUCGGAAUAAUGUCUAGAUCAAUGUGUGAAGAAAAAUUUUGCAGUGCAUAAAAAAUUGCAAAAGUUAUAAACAAUUAAACACCUCAAAAACAUGGUGUUUGGUUUUUCGCCUAUAGUUUGUAAACUAUAAAUAUUUUUGAAUUUUUCAAAAAAGAUCCUUAA